GUGUGCUUCGGGGCGUUGGAGAGACAAUUAAUCAGUGACAGGAAGCUGCCUUUGCCUUUCGAAGCAAGUGACCGCUUGCAGUCAGACAAGCCCUCCUCUGCCUGCCAUGGAGCCCCUGAAGGCACUGCUGCUCCUGUCAGGAGUCCUCGGGGCUCUUACUGAGUUCUGUGUAAUACCGCAGAUGGACAGCCAGCUGGUACAGAAUCUGGGCCAGCGUCUCUCACCUUGGAUGGAUCGGGUCUCCUCGGAGCAAUUGAACCCCAGCAUCUACGUUGGCUUGCGCCUUUCCAGCCUGCAGGCUGGGACCAAGGAAGACCUCUACCUGCACAGCCUUAAGCUCACUUACCAGCAGUGCCUCCUGGGGUCUGCCUCCAGCGACGACAGCACUGUUUGCCAGACCAAACCUUCCGGGGGCCGCCUGGCCCUCUAUCUGCUUGCUCUCAGAGCCAACUGUGAGUUCAUUGGGAGCCGAAAGGGUGACAGGCUGGUCUCACAGCUCAAGUGGUUCUUGGAGGAUGAGAAGAAGGCUAUUGGGCACAAUCAUGAAGGCCAGCUCCGCACCAGCUAUUACCAGUACAGCCUCAGCAUUCUGGCGCUGUGUGUCCACCAGAAGCGAGUCCACGACAGCGUGGUGGGCAAGCUCCUGUAUGCUGUUGAACAUGACUACCUUAGCUACCAGGGCCAUCUCUCUGUGGACACGGCAGCCAUGGCUGGCUUGGCCUUCACCUGUUUGGAUCGCUUCAGUUUCAACCCCGAUCUGCGACCACGAAUCACCACGGCCAUCGAGACAGUGCGAGAGAAGAUCCUGAAGGCCCAGACCCCCGAGGGCGACUUUGGGAAUCGCUAUAGCACUCCAUUGGCAUUACAGUUUCUGAUGGUCUCCCCUGCACCUGGGGUAGAGCUGGGCGCAGCAUGCCUCAAGGCAAGGGCAUCUCUGCAGACCAGCCUGCAAGAUGGGGCCUUCCAGAACCCUAUGAUGAUUUCCCAGCUGCUACCGGUCCUGAACCACAAGACCUACCUGGAUCUCAUCUUCCCAGACUGCCAGGCACCCAGGGCCAUGUUGGUACCAGCUGUUGAGGAGCCUUCAUCAGGCCACAUCCCACAGAUCAUCAGUGUCACGCUGGAGGUCUCCAGCGUCCUGCCACCAUACAGACAAACAUUUUUUGUCCUCUCUGGGUCCACCUUGGAAGAUGUCCUGAAGAUGGCUCAUGACAUAGGAGGAUUCACGUAUGGGACACAGGCCUCUUUGUCAGGCCCCUACCUGACAUCUGUACUGGGGAAAGAAGUUGGGGACCGAGAAUUCUGGCAGCUCCUCCGAGUCCCUGACACUCCCCUGCUGCACGGCAUUGCUGACUACAAACCCCAGGACGGGGAAACCAUUGAGUUUCGGCUAGUCAGAUGGUAGCCUUGGGAUGUCCUUGGUCCCUGCUACCACUUCAAGUGCCCUUGGGACUAUGUUCCCCAGAUCACCUCAGCUAUCUCUUCAAAGAGAAUCCUAAGCCACUGUCCACCUGGGAGCAGGAAAGACAAAAACCUUCCCCUAGAGAGGCUGCUAGUUUGAGUCUGGCCCUGCCUGACUCUACAGGUCUUUCCUGAAGGCUGCCCUCACGGUC